AUGGGUGUCCACCUACUGCUCACUGCCGCCCUGCUGCUGCUGCGGACCCCGGCGGCAGAGGCCCUGAUGGAGCCGGAGAUGUGCUACGUGCUGGACGCCAUCCUCUUCAUCUAUGGCAUCAUCCUCACCGUCCUCUAUUGCCGCCUCAAGUUCCUGGCUCACCGAGCAUCGCGGCAGGGACCUGGCAAGGAGGUAAUGGCGCUGUCGGCAAAGGACGUCUGGGACUGGGGAGGUUUGGGGCUGGGGUCCCCCGGGAGGGACGGGCCCUCCCAGCCAGCACCCAUCCCCAACGGUGCUGCAGCUGUGGAAGGGGACAGCGAAGAGGAACUGGGGGGGCUCUGA